AUUAUCGGAGAAAGACAGCAGCAGCCUUGUCUCGAGUUUUCUGGAAAUUCAUUUAAAUACUUAAUAGCGUCUAAAUCUAAACAGUCUAUGAAUAAAAGCCAUUUUUGAAUAAAUCGAGAAAUCUUAAAAUACCUCCAAAAUGGAAGAGAAAUUAGCUAAUUUCAAACUGGAUCUCGAGGAAAUCAACCAACUGAUGCAAUCUGUAAAACGCCCAAACACCAAACUAUUGCUUUUGAACCAUGCCAAGUCGUUGGCAAAUUCCAUUUCGGAGCUGGAGCGCAAAUUAACCUCUAAAGCGGUUAAACCAGAAGGACAAGAGGAACCUAGUGUAAAGCGAUACGUCGCUGAGUUAAAAACCUAUGCUUGGGAUCAGUCUGAUAAGUUUGUCAAAAUUUUUGUGACGCUCGAUGGGUUGUCGCCGGACAGAGGAGAUGCCAGAGUUGACUGUCAAUUCGGUGAAAACAGCUUAAAUCUCUUGAUAGUGAAUGGCACAAAGGAUCGCGAUUACUCCUUCAUGGUUAAAAAUUUGCUGGAACCAAUUAAUGUUGCCAAGAGCUAUGCAAAAAUUAAGACAGAUAUGGUUGCCAUAUAUAUGAAGAAGGAAGUCGAAGGAAAAAAUUGGUCACAUCUCACUUCAACAGAGAAGCACCUAAAAGAAAUGAAAGAUUCUGGAUUCAAAGAUGAUCUAGAGAGCACGAGUGAUCCCUCAGCUGGCUUAAUGAAUAUGAUGAAGAGGCUUUAUGAACAAGGAGAUAGUGAGACGAAAAAAAUGAUCGCAAAAUCAUGGCAGGAAAGUGAGGAAAAGAGACUACGUGGUGAAACAUAAGAGCCUCUUCAAUAUGAUACAUGAACUUUGAAUGAACAAAAAAAAAUACAACAAGGAUACACUUACACUCAGCUUCA